AGAGGGUAUGAUUUAGGUUGUGUACACAUCUCAAACAAGUUACAUGCCUGUUUCUGUUUUCAAGGGUAUUUUAACGAUAUAUUUUAUUUGUAUAACAUGUGCGUAACUAAGAUUUUUCUUUUCUAUUUAAGUUUUAUCGUUUGUGCGUUUUUUAACAACCAAACGAACGUAGUUUCUCUGUGUAAAUCUGAAGCUGUCACUACAUCUUUGGAGCUUUGAGGCUUGGAGGAAAGGAGUUUCUUUUGCAAAGAAAAGGUCGAGAAGCUUGUCAGCUUUACAUACAACUAGCAGUAUGAUAUGGGGACGGUGUUUGGUGAGCGCUGGGCGGCAGGGCUGCAGAUGUAAAGUCAGCUUUAUAAAGAGACAUUAUGGAUUUCUUCCAGAUGAUGUUAAGUCGCUGCGGGCUGUGGUCAGCCCUGACAUAUCCAAGAUUAGAAACAUCGGCAUCAUGGCCCACAUUGACGCAGGAAAAACAACCACAACAGAGAGGAUGCUUUACUACUCUGGCUACACGAGGGCUUUAGGAGAUGUUGACGACGGGGAUACAGUCACAGAUUUUAUGGCUCAGGAGAGGGAGCGUGGCAUCACCAUCCAGUCAGCAGCAGUCACCUUCGACUGGAACAGUCACAGAAUAAACCUCAUCGACACUCCAGGACACGUUGAUUUCACUCUGGAGGUGGAGCGCGCGCUUCGUGUUCUGGAUGGAGCUGUCGCCGUGUUUGAUGCGUCUGCCGGUGUGGAGGCUCAAACCAUGACUGUAUGGAGACAGGCAGAAAAGCACAACAUCCCCUGUGUUUGUUUCCUGAAUAAGAUGGACAAACCAGCAGCAGAUUUGAAAUUCUCCAUGGAGAGCAUAAGACAGAAAUUGAAAGCCAAUCCCGUUCUCCUGCAGGUUCCAGUCGGCAGUGGUAAGAACUUCUCAGGUGUGGUUGAUCUGUUAACCAAUCAGAAGCUGAUAUGGAAGCCAGGAUCUGCCAGAGACGAUGGACGAGUGUUUGAUACCCAAACUUUGGACCAAUGUGACGAGCCAGAACUGGUGCAGGAGGUCGGCGAGGCCAGAGCGGCUCUGAUUGAACAGGUCGCUGAUCUGGACGACGAGUUUGCCGAGCUGCUUUUGACCAAAUUCAGCGACGAUUUUGAUGCGGUUCCUCCCGUCAAACUUCAAGAAGCUGUGAGGCGGGUCACUCUGACCCGUAAAGGUGUUCCAGUUCUCUGCGGGAGCUCUUUGAGAAACAAAGGUGUUCAGCCUCUUCUGGAUGCCAUCACGGCGUACCUGCCCGCCCCUGAUGAACGCCACCACGACCUGGUGCGGUGGUACAAAGACGACUUGUGUGCGCUGGCCUUCAAGGUUCUCCAUGACAAGCAGCGCGGCCCUCUGGUCUUCUUAAGGAUCUACUCUGGAACCGUCAAACCGCAGACGGCCGUCCACAACCUGAGCAGGAACUGCACUGAGAGGAUGAGCCGGCUGCUGGUGCCGUUCGCUGACCAGCACGUGGAAAUCGGCUCCAUGUCUGCAGGGAACAUCGCGCUGACUGUGGGGCUGAAGCAGACCGUCACCGGAGACACCAUCGUCGCCUCUAAAGCGUCUGCAGCAGCUGCAGCUCGACGAGCCCAGAACCACAGCGGGAGCGGAGAGGGAGAACGUCCGGAUAUCAUCCUGUCUGGAGUGGAGAUCCCCGAUCCGGUCUUCUUCUGCACCAUAGAGCCCCCCACCAUGGCCAAGCAGGCAGAUCUGGAGAACGCUCUCAGUUGUCUUCAGAGAGAAGACCCGAGCCUUAAAGUCAGAAUGGACCCAGAUUCUGGUCAGAUCAUCCUGUGCGGGAUGGGAGAGCUGCACAUCGAGAUCCUCCACGACCGCAUCAGGAGGGAGUACGGCAUCGAGGCGCAUUUGGGCCCGCUACAGGUGGCCUACAGAGAGACGGUCCUGUUCGAGGCAUCCGCCACAAACACGCUGGACCGGACGGUGGGAGAGCGGAGACACGUGGCGACGGUGCAGCUCACGGUCAGACCUGCAGAGGGCGCUGCGUGUGAGGUGACCUUCACCAAGGAGCUGGAGGAGCAGCUGAGUGCAGGAAUGAAGGAGGCGGUGAAGAGCGGAGUCGACAGCUCGUUUCUUCAAGGUCCGGUGUUGGGUUCUCCAGUGCAGGGCGUCUCCGCACUGAUCCAGAGCGUCGGCGCCGAAGCAGGAACGUCCCCCACCAUGGUGUCGGCCUGCGUGUCGCGCUGCAUGCUGAAGGCGCUGAAGCUGGCGGGAGGGCAGGUUCUGGAGCCCGUCAUGUCCCUGGAGGUGACUGUGGGGGAGGAGCACCUCGGCGCCGUGCUGGGAGACUUGGCUCAACGACGGGGGGUGGUCCGAGACAUCCAGAGUCGUCAUGACGACAAGGUGCUGCUGGCCAGCGCGCCGCUGGCAGAGAUGAUGGUGAGUCUGCGGUUCAUCAGGAACUUUGUUUUCAGCGAGCCGCUCCUCACUGUUGGCGUGUCACAGGGAUACUCCACCGCUCUGCGAACCCUGACGUCUGGAAACGCCACCUUCUCCCUGGAGCUGGACGCCUACGAGCCCAUGAGCACUCAGGACCAGAACAGUCUGCUCAGACGGGUGACUGGUCUGCUGUGACCCGGACGGAGGACUCACAGCCACCGUCAGACGGAGGAUGAAGAUUUAAUGUGGGAAAUAUUCUCAAAAGUGUAAAUAGUGUAAAAUCAAUUUGCAGAUAAUUAUUUAACAGUUCCUGUUUGACCAUCAGACAUUCAGAGAAGUAAAAUAGUGCCGUCAUAAUCAAUAAGUGUUCAGCAGCACUGCUGGAAGAAGGCAGCAUUUGGAAAUAAAACAGGCUUGGAGUUGAUUGCA